AAGAUGUUAAAUACCAGGGCCAGCUCCCCUGCUCAGCCUGGAGGUCCUGCUUCUCCGUCAGCAUGAAGGCUCUCCUCAUUCUGGGGCUUCUCCUCCUCUCUGUCGCUGUCCAGGGCAAGGUCUAUAAUCCAUGUGAACUUGCCAGCACUCUGAAAAGACUUGGAAUGGCUGGCUAUAAAGGAGUUAGCCUGGCAAACUGGGUGUGUUUGGCCAGAUGGGAAAGCAGUUAUAACACACGAGCUAUAAACCACAAUAGAGACGGAAGCACUGAUUAUGGGAUAUUUCAAAUCAAUAGCCGCUACUGGUGCAACGAUGGCAAAACCCCAAGAGCAGUUAACGGCUGUGGUAUACCCUGCAGCGCUUUGCUGCAGGAUGACAUCCGUCCAGCUGUAGCAUGUGCAAAGAAGAUUGUCAGUCAGCUAGGACUUAAAGCAUGGGUGGCAUGGAGAAGUCGUUGUCAAAACCAAGAUCUCAGGCCUUAUAUACAGGGUUGCAAACUGUAACUGUGGAGUUUUCUUUCUUCAGCUCAUUUUGUCUCCUUUUCAAAUUAAGGAAGUAAUAGUGGAGUGAAAUAUCAGUCUACCAUUCUUUCAAAUAAAUAACAUUUGUUCAGAAGCA